GUCACAGUUUCUUUGCCCAUCUAUUACAAUCUCGCCAUAUGUAAACAAAAAUACCGUCUAGAUCACAGUGCAAUAAACGUCACUUUCUCCAGUCAUUUCUUUUUAUGGAGGGUUUCUCGCAAAAGGACCGCGAACACUUGACGGAUCUGCUGGCGAACUAUUUCGACGAAGAGGUCGUCAUAGGGGUCGCCAAAACGCUCACAAAAAACAUCCAACCAGUUGAAAGUCUGAAAGAUGCAUGCGAGCUGAUAUGUCUGCACGGCACCGAUGUCCGCAAUGUCCUCAACAAGAAAAGCAUCAAAAAGGAAGUCCUCUUCAAAUAUUUGCACACUUGCAAGGUUGCUGCUAGUACACGUUUCACCAAGGCAGCCCUCAUAGAGGACAUCAUAAACUUCUGGGCACUACAGGACUCCCAGCCCAAGCCAGUCAAAGAUGAGACAUCACACCAACCUGAAUCACAGCAUGUUGCAGAUACCGAAAACUUCCCGAUUAAUUUAAUGGCGCGACAGUUCACACACUGGUUUUUUGAUCGUUUCAACUCUAACAAACUCUCAAGCGACGACUUUUGGGGGGACGUUAAUAUUCAGAUUACAAUUAACUACGAGGACGAAAUCGAUGAAAGAGAUGCGUCUGGGAGUCAGGAAGCUGUUCACAUGCUGAAUCAAAUGAAAUCCGACUUGAAUUUGUUCUUCAAUGCGUGCACACUCCAUCAAGGCUGCCAGGGACGAAUUGAUAUUCAUGGAUUGGUGUUGGUGCUGUCCUGCGGCACGAUACAUACCCCAGGGCUAUGUGUGGGGGUGUUUGAGACUGUUUUCAAACUAAUGAGAGAUCCUUUCACUGAAAAUAACUGGAAAUUAAAAGGAGCGAACUUUGUGCUAAGGAGCAAAGGGAAUGCAGCUGCGGUCACUUCUUUAAUGGAAUUUGAGUCCCUGCGAAACUUAAUGGCUUUGCCUGCUCCCAGUGGAGAUAUUUAACGCUGAAUUAUCAACGUUGUUAAAUAUUUAUUUGGAUGGAGUUGUAUUUUAUAAGUUUUGAAAUAAACGCCCAUUUGACUGA